UUUUGCUGCGUUUGAAGUUCCCUAACGGCCGCGCGGAGCUGCGGUUCGGCUCCCUCCGCGGUCCAAACGCUCGGCGAACGCCGUCAGGUGACCGCACGGGGGAAGUUACGUCACAGGUUCACGCGAGGAACGUUUAUUGUUUUAAACGCGGCGAAAGUAAUGAGCGUAAAACCUAAACGCCAGGAAGUGACGUCAGGGAGGCUGGCAGGAGCCCUCAAAAUGAGCAGACAGACUGCAGGAGGUCCGCCGCACGCCGCUUUCUCGCUGUACUCCACAGACUCAGAGGAACAGGUCUCCACCCUCCACAGAGGUCUGGAUCGCUGCGCCGUCCUGCUGGACCACAUCCUUCAGGCGGACACCGCGGGGUUGUCGUCUUUGACCAGAACACCGACAGAAGGAGCAACCAGGUCGAAACCGGCAACUCCUGCAGGGAGGAAGACCGUGAAGAAGGUUCCCGGAAAAGCAGUGAAAGGCGGAGCUGCUAGAUCCAGAGCAAACACCUCCCAGGGAAGGAGGGCCACCACAAAGACGGGCCCCAGCAGCUCCGGUCUUCAUGGACGAACCAGCUCCAUUCCAACGACGACGCAGACUUCCGCUGCAGCCGCACAGUCUGGGCCCAGGCCCCGCCCACUCCAGAGACGAGGUGGGAGGAGUCCUUCACCUCUAGAUCCUCCCCCCGUCACGGUGCCCCUCCACGCCAAACGGCAGGUCAUUUCUGCCGUUCCCCAUGAGGGGCGUCAGGGGGAGGGUGAUGAAGAGGACUUUGUCCCUGUGAGAGACCCCGGCCCCCACAGCUCUGCUGCACACCUCCCCAGACCUGUUGAGGGGCAGGAGCAGGACCAGGACCAGGAGCAGGACCAGGACCAGGACCAGGAGCAGGACCAGGAGCAGGAGCAGGACCAGGAGCAGGACCAGGACCAGGACCAGGAGCAGGAGCAGGACCAGGACCAGGCCUCAUCCAGCAGGAGGGAGCUCUGCAGCAGCGCAGGACGACCAGCAAAGACUGUCGGUGGACUGCUGGAGCAGCUGAAGGCCGCCGUCGCCGGGCGAGGCAGUGUUGCAGAACAGCUUCUCGUUGGUCUGGAGCAGAUCUUGUCUUCACCUCAGGUCGGGGUCGAGCCGUCCGCCCCAUCAGCUGAAGGAGCAGGAGUCGUGGGCCUGCAGGGGGAGCUGGAGAGCGCUCAGGCCAGACUGCAGCAGCUGCAGGAGGACCUCGGUGAACUACGGAGAGCCCUGCAGGACACACAGAGCCAGCUGAAGGACGUGAAGGCAGAGAACGCCAUCCUGAAGACAGAUCUGGAGCUCCACAGACAGAAGCUGCUGGACGGCGAGAGAGUCAACAGUGAGCUGGCCUCGCUCGCCCAGCACCGCCUGAAGGAGAUGGAGAAGCUGCAGAGCCUCCUUCAGAGCGCCGCGGACACUCCCACCGACCGGAUCAAAGGCUUCCUCCACUCUCUGAGGCAGGCGGAGCCCUGCACUGAGCACGUGCAGACAGGGCUCAGGUCACCUCCUCCUGGAGGCGGGUCCGGUCAAAGCGACAGAGAGAGCACAGACCUGGUGGGCGGGUGUGCGCGGCGCCUCCGCUCCCCGUCUCUCUGUGACUCCGCCUCCUUGUGGUCGGCCUGGAGCGCCAGGUCCUCCUCCACCUUUGACACCAGGGACGAGGCGGCGUUCAGGGACGGCCUGGCGGCUCUGGACGCCAGCAUCGCCAGCCUGCAGAGAACCUUCCAGCUGGAUCUGAGGAGAUGUUGAGGAACCGUGGCGGUCCAGAUCUUCUGUAACGUGUAACUUCUGAUUUGAAAUAAAGCUUUAUUUGACUGUCAAUCAA